GAGCAACAAUUUUUUUUAAUUCUCCUGAUUCGUCAAUCGUAAAUAAGUUUUUCAUAAACAGCUAAGGUUCAGCAUUAUUUGUUAAAAAAAUUGGCUGUGCGAUGUUGUUCCUAAACAAAUCAAUGAGCUUUGUAUUGAGGAGUCCUCGAAUAAACAGAAAUUUUAUAUCAGUUCUUGGGAGAAAUUUUUGCAGUGAGAAAAUUGAAAAACCUGAUGAGUUGAAACUUAGUUAUCUAACAGGUGAUCGCCAGGGCAUCGCUGUAAUAGAACUCAAUCGUGAGAAUGGAAAAAAUUCACUCAAUAAAUCUCUAGUUUCAAAGUUUAAUAAUUCUGUUGACGUUCUUGGCCAUGACAAAAAUGUUCGCGUUGUUAUCAUAAGGAGUCUUGUUAAAGGAAUUUUUUGUGCCGGCGCUGAUCUGAAAGAACGACAAACGUUAUCACCUUUGGAGGUUCGUCGUUUUGUAAAUUCAUUGCGUCAACUUAUUGUCAACAUUGAAAAUCUUCCAAUGCCGGUUAUAGCUGCAAUAGAUGGAGCUGCUUUGGGUGGAGGACUCGAGCUUGCUUUGUCUUGUGACUUAAGAACUGCUGCAAGUCAGGUCAAACUUGGCUUAGUAGAAACACGUUUAGCAAUCAUGCCAGGUGCUGGAGGAACUCAAAGAUUGCCACGUAUUGUAAGUCCAGCACUUGCCAAAGAAUUGAUUUUUACUGCUCGAAUAUUCUCGGGGGAAGAAGCAAGUAAAAUGGGAAUUGUGAAUUAUUCCGUUUCCCAAAAUGACUCCAAUGACGCUGCUUAUCAAAGAGCUAUCAAACUUGCUGAAGAAAUACUUCCUAACGGUCCUGUUGGUGUCAAAAUGGCAAAAAGGGCAAUCAACAAAGGAUCACAAGUCGAUUUAGGGACUGGAUAUUCAAUUGAAGAAGAUUGCUAUAGUCAGUUAAUCGGAACAAAAGAUCGACUUGAAGGACUCGCAGCUUUUAAUGAGAAACGAAAACCAAACUACAUUGGCGAAUAAUGAUACAUUUCAUAAAAGUACCAGUCAAAAAAGUGCAUUUAAAUUUUGCUGUACAAACUAGGGUAAGCAGACAAUUGUGAACACAGUAAAUUUCUACGAUAGUUGUUCAUUGAAGUUCUUUCGACUAUCCACUCUAGUUCUCUGAAAAGUUUUUCAAUUAAGUGUGUUCACGACUAUCAUAGAUUUUUACUGUUUUACAUUUGUCGAAUUACCCUAUCUAGGGAAC